UCUCUCUCUCUCUCUCUCUCUCUCUCCGCCCUCUCCCCGUGCCGCUUGGAACGCGGCAUUCGCCUCUUCCUCUUCCGCCUUCCCUCACUUCCCCCGGGUCUCCAACUCGGAUCUCGUUCGGCUCCCUAUCCGUUCGAAGGCGUUCGAAUCAAUGCAGAAGAGAAUGAUGCGGAGGUGGCAGUGGUAAGACUGGUGCUGGCCCGAGCUCAGACGCGAGGCGACGGACCGUAUCGCGGCGGGAGGUUAUGAAGCCGAAGGGACCGAAUCGGCGGUUCUCUCACCGCUUGGUUGUUCCCGCCGUCCUCGUCGCCGGGCUGCUCCUCCCCUUCGUCUUCAUCAGGGCCGCCUUCCUUGCGCUCGACGCCCGCGCUGCCUCCAUCUGCCCUUCCAUCAGUUGCUUAGGGUGGACGCUUAGGCCUCGGUUGUUGCUCGAUUCAUCUCAGGAUUUCGGGAAGGAGUUGAGGAGAGUUUACUUGGAGGAGGCGGAGGAAGGGGGACACAACAAUUUAGAUCCACGGUUGGUCAAUGCCGCGCCGGAUUCUUUGGAUGAUCUGAUGUCGGAAAUGAGCUCUCCCUCUUCCUAUCAACACCUUGACCUCAGAACACUAUUGUUGAAGACCAAAGCCAUGCUCCUGAAGAUGGACCAGAAAGUCCAGUCUGCCAAGCUUCGAGCAUUAAUCUUUCAGCACUUGGCUUCAACUGGAAUUCCUAAAAGCAUGCAUUGCCUCAGCUUGAGGUUGGCGGAGCAGUACCUAGUGAAUACUGCUGCUCGAUCUUCUUUGCCACCACCUGAAUAUGCCUCGUGCCUGACAGAUAACUCUUACGUUCACAUUGCCCUGAUCACUGACAACAUACUUGCUGCUGCUGUCAUGGUGUCGUCCACCAUGACAAGUGCUGCUGAUCCUGAGAAGGUAGUGUUCCACAUUAUCACUGACAAGAAAACUUACACCUCGAUGCAUGCUUGGUUUGCUAUCCACCCUGUCUUUCCUGCCAUUCUGGAGGUAAGGGGACUUCACCAGUUCGACUUUCCUCCUGAUGUGAAUGCUGUGAUCAUGGACACCGUAGAGGAACUCCAUCGAAGCUCAUCUGCUUAUCGCUACUACAGGGGAGCAGAUGAAGACUCCAGAAGACUUUUAGCUUUAAAACCAAGCACAUUUUCGCUCUUGAAUUAUAUGAGGAUACAUCUUCCAGAGCUGUUUCCAAAGCUGGAAAGAGUGAUUUUUAUGCAUGACGACGUGGUGGUGCAGAGAGACUUGACAUCACUAUGGUACUUAGAUCUGCAUGGGCUCGUCAUGGGCGCAGUUAGUGCACAAGAAAGUGAUGAUGAAGGAUCGGGUGAUGGCCUUUGUAUCGGGAAGACAUUUGGGGACUACAUAAAUUUCUCGAAUCCUAUGCUGACAGCAUCACCAUCAUCAUAUGUCUUACAGAGAGAUCAAUGUGCAUGGUUGGAGGGCAUCAACAUAUUUGAUCUGCAAGCAUGGAGAGAGCACAACAUCACCAGGAAAUACCAGCUCUGGCUUAAACUGAAUCGAGAAUCUGGAUUUGCAUUGUGGCCCAUGGGGUCAUUGCCGCCUGCACUACUAGCGUUCCAUGGACAAGUGCUGCCACUCAAUCGUUCAUGGCUUUUGUCAGGGCUAGGUUGGCAAAUGCCCGAUCCCGAACUGCUACACUCUGCUGCGGUCAUUCAUUUUAGCGGACUGGGGAAGCCAUGGCUUGAGACCGGGCAUCCAGAACUACGAAAAAUUUGGCGAAGCCACUUAAACCACAACGAUGAACUCAUAAGCAGCUGUAUGGUUGCGUGAGUGAUGACACAGAAAGAGAUAGAGAGAGAGAGAGAGAGAGAGAGACAGGCUGGUAAACAUACAAUGCCGGUCUUUACUUCAGUAGAUUACAUAGAACAUAGAUAAGUUCAUAUUAUUUCUGGUAAGCAGAGGUAGGAUGCUUGAGCAGAGAGAAGUAGGUGCAGCCUUCAGUCCCUGCUCAGGCUAUCUCCGCGUGCUGGUUGAUUUCUCCUUAUAGCUCAGCAAGCUCUAAUGUAUAUAAGGAGGGAGAGGUCAAGGGAAGCCAGCCAUGAACAUUAGAUCAUACAAGACAUGGCCACUGACACUUUCACUACAAUUUCCAGGUAACUCGAGAUGGAAAUGUAUGAUAGAUGGCCAUAUUUUUCUUCACCUAGUCCUGGCAUUCUGGAUAAUUGAAAUUGAUCUGUAUUAUACUGAAUAAAGUAUGGAUUGGAUAAUACAAA